AUGCUAGCGGAGGCAAAUGGCCCCGUCCCCCAUGGAAGCGACAGCUCUAUGAGGACAAGCAAUAUCAAUAGUCACAUUCUGAACCGGGACUCCUCGAUCCUAAUCUCCAAGAUGGAAGACGUUGUCAUCCCGUUCUCGUCCGAGGUGCCCUGCGACAAUAAUGGCCAGCGCAUGUGGUGGGCAUUCCUCGCCUCGUCCAUGGUGACGUUCUUCGGGGGGCUCUUCAUCAUCCUGCUGUGGAGGACCCUCAAGUACAUGUGGACUGUUUGCUGCCACUGCAACAUCAAACACAAGGAGGCUCAGAAGGUGAUCAACCCCGCCAGUCAUCAGUCAGCAGACAAGGGGAUAAAGGGUCCUGAUGAGAAGGAGGAAGUACCGAUGAGCGAGGUGGGAUGGAUGACUUCAGUCAAAGACUGGGCCGGCGUCAUGAUCUCGGCUCAGACGCUCACUGGCAGAGUCCUGGUGGUGUUGGUCUUUGCACUCAGCAUUGGGGCCCUUGGAAUAUACUUUAUAGACUCUUCAGAUCCUAUAGAAUCCUGCCAGAACUUCUACAAAGACUUCACGCUACAGGUCGAUAUGACCUUUAACGUCUUCUUCCUCCUCUACUUUGGCCUGCGGUUCAUAGCAGCCAACGAUAAGCUGUGGUUCUGGCUGGAGGUCAACUCCGUGGUCGACUUCUUCACUGUUCCUCCUGUGUUUGUCUCCGUCUACUUAAACAGAAGCUGGCUCGGUUUACGAUUCUUGAGGGCAUUGAGAUUGAUACAGUUUUCUGAAAUCUUACAGUUUCUGAAUAUCUUGAAAACAAGCAAUUCCAUCAAGCUGGUUAACCUGUGCUCCAUCUUCAUCAGCACAUGGCUUACAGCUGCAGGAUUCAUACAUUUGGUGGAAAACUCAGGGGAUCCUUGGGAAAACUUCCAAAAUUCCCAGUCACUUUCCUAUUGGGAAUGUGUCUACUUGCUGAUGGUAACCAUGUCGACGGUUGGCUACGGGGACGUCUAUGCAAAAACAACCUUGGGGCGUCUGUUCAUGGUCUUCUUCAUCCUCGGUGGUUUGGCCAUGUUUGCCAGCUACGUCCCUGAAAUCAUAGAGUUAAUAGGAAACCGCAAGAAAUAUGGUGGUUCCUAUAGUGCGGUUAAUGGGAGAAAGCACAUUGUGGUGUGUGGUCAUAUUACCCUCGAAAGUGUCUCCAACUUCCUCAAAGACUUCCUACACAAGGACAGGGAUGAUGUGAAUGUUGAAAUAGUUUUUCUUCAUAAUAUUUCCCCUAAUCUUGAGCUGGAAGCCUUGUUCAAACGGCAUUUUACCCAAGUCGAGUUCUACCAGGGAUCUGUUCUCAACCCUCACGAUUUGGCCCGUGUGAAGAUCGAGUCAGCAGAUGCCUGUUUGAUCCUGGCCAAUAAAUACUGCGCAGAUCCUGAUGCAGAAGACGCCUCAAACAUCAUGAGGGUCAUUUCAAUCAAGAAUUACCAUCCCAAGAUCAGAAUAAUCACGCAGAUGCUCCAGUAUCACAACAAGGCCCAUCUGCUGAACAUUCCGAGCUGGAACUGGAAGGAGGGUGACGAUGCAAUCUGCUUGGCGGAGCUGAAGGCAGGCUUCAUUGCCCAGAGCUGUUUAGCUCAGGGCCUCUCCACCAUGCUGGCCAACUUGUUCUCGAUGAGGUCCUUCAUUGAGAUCGAGGAGGACACAUGGCAAAAGUAUUAUCUUGAAGGCGUGGCGAAUGAGAUGUACACAGAGUAUUUGUCCAGUGCCUUUGUGGGCCUCUCGUUCCCCACUAUCUGUGAGCUGUGUUACGUGAAACUGAAGCUGUUACUCAUUGCCAUCGAAUACAAGUCGGAGCAAAGAGAAAGCAGAAGCCGAAAGCGCAUCCUCAUCAACCCGGGCAACCACGUGAAGAUGCAGGAGGGAACACUGGGGUUCUUUAUCGCCAGUGACGCCAAAGAAGUGAAGAGAGCUUUCUUCUACUGCAAAGCUUGUCACGAUGACAUCACAGACCCUAAGCGGAUCAAGAAGUGUGGCUGCAAACGACUGAUUUAUUUAAUGGAUGAAGUUAGACCAACAUUUCAAAACCGCUCAGUUAAAACCACCGGCUGCACCCCUGCCUCCAUCACCUCAAAUGAAUUCCUCCCCAACACCCGGCACCCCAACCAGGACCCCCUGGUCAGGCCGGGCACAAUCAACAUCCCCCUUGUUAAUAACCGUAAAGGAAGCCUGCUCCCCGCGGGGCGAGGGCCUCACCCCUCCAAACUGCGCUUCAGUAUCUCAGGCCCGGGAGACGUGACGGCCAGAUCCCUGGCUGAGAGUCGGCUGAACCGGGCCCGCAGUCUGCCGGUGAAAUACCGCUACCAUCCCAGUAAUGCCAUGCUGCUCAGUCACAGUAGGCACUUUGAAGACGAGCAUCCGUCGACGCUCUCGCCCAAAAAAAAGCAGCGCAACGGAGGGAUGCGAAACUCGCCCAACUGCUCGCCCAAGAUGAUGAGUCGACACGAUCCACUUUCAAUCCCUGGAAAUGAACAAAUCGAGAACAUGGACAUGAACGUGAAGAGGUAUGAUUCGACAGGGAUGUUUCACUGGUGCCCGUCUAAGGAGAUCGAAAAAGUCAUCCUGACCCGGAGUGAAGCCUCCAUGACGGUGCUGAGCGGCCAUGUAGUGGUCUGUAUAUUUGGGGAUGUCACGUCCGCUUUGGUGGGGCUGCGAAACUUGGUGAUGCCUUUAAGAGCCAGCAACUUCCAUUACCACGAGCUGAAGCCCAUAGUGUUUGUGGGCUCGCUGGAUUACCUGCGAAGAGAGUGGGAAACUUUACACAACUUCCCCAAGGUCUCCAUCUUACCUGGUACACCAUUAAGUCGGGCGGAUUUAAGGGCUGUCAACAUCAACCUCUGCGACAUGUGUGUAAUCCUGUCAGCCAAUCAGAACAAUAUCGAAGACGCCUCACUGCAGGAUAAGGAAUGCAUCUUGGCAUCGCUCAACAUCAAAUCUAUGCAGUUUGAUGACAGCAUCGGGGUCUUACAGGCUAAUUCCCAAGGUUUCACGCCUCCUGGAAUGGACCGGUCAUCUCCAGACAGCAGUCCAGUACAUGGCUUCGUGCGUCAGGCUUCCGUCACCACCGGAUCCAACAUCCCCAUCAUCACAGAACUAGCUAAACCUGGCAAACUACUGCCAUUGGUUUCACUCAGUCAGGACAAAAAGAGUGGAACCAACAUACAAAUGAUAACAGAGCUGGUGAACGACUCAAACGUUCAGUUCCUGGACCAAGAUGAUGAUGAUGACCCAGACACAGAGCUGUACCUCACUCAGCCCUUCGCCUGCGGCACAGCCUUCGCUGUCAGUGUGCUCGACUCCCUGAUGAGCGCUACAUAUUUCAAUGACAACAUUCUCACACUUAUCCGGACGCUGGUCACAGGGGGAGCCACACCAGAGCUGGAGGCUCUUCUGGCUGAGGAGAACGCUCUCCGAGGCGGCUACAGCACGCCGCAGACGCUGGCCAACAGAGACAGGUGUCGCGUCGCCCAGCUAGCCCUGUACGACGGGCCGUUUGCUGACUUGGGGGAUGGUGGUUGCUACGGAGACUUAUUCUGUAAAGCGCUGAAGACCUACAACAUGCUGUGUUUCGGAAUCUACAGAUUAAGAGAUGCACAUAUCAGUACACCAACCCAGUGUACAAAACGAUAUGUGAUCACAAACCCACCAUACGAGUUUGAGCUGGUGCCCACAGACCUGAUCUUCUGCCUCAUGCAGUUCGACCACAACGCGGGCCAGUCGCGGACAAGCCUCUCCCACUCUUCCCACUCUUCCCAUUCCUCCAGCAAAAAGAGCUCCUCCGUCCACUCCAUCCCAGCGUCCAACCGGCAGAACCGCAGCAGUAAGACCCGGGAGACCCGCGACAAACAGAAUGCAACAAGGAUGAAUAGAAUGGGCCCAGAAAAGAAAUGGUUUACAGAUGAACCAGAAAACGCCUACCCACGGAACAUUCAGAUCAAGCCCAUGAGCACUCACAUGGCCAACCAAGUCAACCAAUACAAAUCCACCAGUAGUCUGAUUCCACCAAUCAGAGAGGUCGAAGAUGAAUGCUGA